AUGCGCUCCCUGGCGCCCGUCUGCUGCCUGCUGCUCCUCGGGGCUUUCUGGGCCGACCAUGCCAUGGCUGGCUCCAGCUUCCUGAGCCCCGAGCACCACAAGGGGCCGAAAAAGGAGCCCAAGAAGCCGCCGGCCAAGCUGCAGCCCCGCGCGCUCGACGGCCAGUUCGGCCCAGCCAGUCAGGAAGGGCCGGAGGAUGAGCUGGAGAUCCGGUUCAACGCCCCCUUCGAUGUUGGGAUCAAGCUUUCGGGGGUGCAGUACCACCAGCAUGGCCAGGCCCUGGGCCAGUUCCUCCAGGACGUCCUCUGGGAGGCCAACGAUGUCCCAGCAGACAAGUGA